AUGAUGGGGAUGAUGCUAACAGGCCGAUCGAUUCAAGGUGCUGCAGCUGGCGGAAUAGUGAUUUUGGUGAAUAUCUGCAUUAGUGACUUGUUUACUGAAAGAGAAAGAGGAUUCUACCUUGGGCUGACUGGCGUCGUAUGGGGACUUGCCAGCGGCAUUGGCCCUCUGGCUGGAGGCGCCUUUUCCGAGUACGUUUCCUGGCGUUGGAACUGGUGGAUCAACCUCCCCUGUUGCGGAGUCUCGUUUGUUGUUCUGUUCUUCUGUCUCGACCGUGUGCGUGAGAGACGAGCGGGCAUCAGCAGCGGCUUGCGACAAAUCGACUGGCUUGGGACUCUGGCCAUCGCGGGUCUAACUACCAUGUCGCUUGUGGGUCUGAAUAUCGGCGGUGUCUAUAGCUCAUGGAAGUCCGCCAAAGUGAUCUGUCUUCUCGUGUUCGGAGGCUUCACAGCGGCGGCUUUCAUUGUCUAUGAAGCGAAGGUUAUAUCCGAGGAGAAAGCUUUGAUCCCAAGGCGCAUUUUACGACGUCUUUCCAAUAAUGCGUCCCUGUUUGUCUGCUUCAUGCACGGAUUUGUCAACAUUUCGUCGUGGUACUUUCUUCCACUAUACUUUCAAUCCAGCCGCUCCUUGACACCUCUUCAAUCCGGCCUUCUCCUCAUGCCAAUGACCGUCAUCCAGGCUGCGACGGGAUUCAUCGCUGGCUUCAUCAUCCGCCGCACCGGUCGGUAUCUCCCAUUGAUCUAUCUCGGUAUGACCCUUACCACAUUAGCCUUCUCGCUGUUUACCCUUUUGUCCGACAAGUCGACGAUCCCCGCUAUUAUAGGCCUAGAGCUACUCGGAGGGCUCGGCGUUGGGCUUGUCUUCCAACCUCCCCUCCUCGCUCUCCAAUCUUUCGUUCACCACGACGACAUCGCCACAGCUACGGCUUUUUUUGGAUUCAUCCGGAGUUUUGCCACCUCUGUGUCAAUUGUGAUUGGCGGGGUCAUGUUUCAGAACCAGAUGCAGUCACGUCAGGAGAUGCUCCAAAGGCUCCUUCCUGAAAAUGUCGCCGGAGAUUUUUCAGGUCAGCGUGCUGCCGCAAACGUGGCGCUGAUCCAGUCGUUAAGUCGUGGAGAGGCACAAAUAGUCAAGGAAGCGUAUUCACAGAGUCUGAGCCGCAUGUGGAUCUUGUACGCUUGCUUUGCAGCCGCUGGACUACUCAUGAGCUUCGGCAUUCAGAAUCAGACGUUGCGAAACGAAUUGGCAAAUGAAACAUCCAGCUCUACUGCUACUCAGUCUCGAGCCGGGGAUAAGAAAACAGACGUUUAA